AUGUAUUCGCUUUUCCACAAGCUUUUGAUCAAAAGCGAAGGCACACUGGCCAAUAGGCCUCUGUUGGAGUAUUAUACACUCCUAUCCAAUUAUUAUUCAUUUCUGAGAAGCACCUUGGGAUCUGUCAAUUACUUGGUAAACAAUGGCGCAGUUUACGACUCCGUUGACCUGGGAGGUAACAAUUUAAGAUCAAAUCACUGUGUAGAUCGAGUGCCAACACUGAAUGUAGUAAGAGAAAUAGAAGAUUUGUUGAAGUAUCACGGCUUUUUGAACGCAGAAGAUGACGAAACGUACGAUAAUAGGAACAACACUGACGAAUUUACAUUUGACUUCACAAAAAAUAUGAAAGAUUAUGAUAUGUUGGAAAGGGGAUUAAGCUCAUGCGACGGUGAUACCACGCUGAUUACCGACGAAAACUUCAGUGACAUCUCUUUGACUGAAUUGGACGAGUUCAUAACCUUCAUGGAAAACUGCAACCUAGAACAGUAG